AUGACCGUGGACCAAGUGCCGCUGUUGCACUCGCUCGACGCGAUCUACGCUCCGUCUGCGCGCGCCAACGAAGAGGCGCGCUGGAAUGACCUCCGUGCAAAGUUCCACGAGGUGUACCAGCGCCCGGCCGAUUUUGUUGCGCGCGCGCCGGGGCGCGUGAACCUCAUCGGAGACGUAUUCCCGGCAGCGAUCGACAAGGACAUCCUGAUGGCGACGGCCGUCGUGCCGGGCCAGCCGGGCGAUGCACUCACCUUUACCCUGCACAACGUCGCGUCCCGCUUUGCCACGGCGUCGUUUACGUGCGACAUUCAUGACCCGUCCAGUGUGCAGCUCAUGCACGAGGGCGACACGCGAUGGGCAAACUAUUUCAAGGUCGCACUCCAGGGGCUGCAGCCGCACCUCCCGAAAGAGGCCUUGGAAAAGGGCACGGGCCACAUCUACGUGCUGGUCGACGGCAGCGUGCCGCCGGAAAGCAGCCUCAGCUCGAGUGCAGCGAUGACGACGUGCAGCAGUAUCGUGAUCCUCACGGCGCUCGGCGCACGCGAGCACAUCUCGCGCAAGGAGAUGGCCGAAGUCGCGAUCGAGAGCGAGCGCCUCGUCGGCGUCAACUCCGGGGGGAUGGACCAGUCGGUCUCGGUCUUUGGUGUGCCGGAUCACGCGAUCUAUGUGUCGUUUGUCCCGUCGCUGCACACCGAGCCGAUCCGCCUGCCGGGCGGGGGGGACGAGGCGUUUGCGUUCGUCGUGACCAACACGCUCGUCGCCUCGGACAAAAAGGUGAUGGGGCCCGUGCAGUACAACCUGCGUGUCGUCGAGACGCGCGUCGCUGCGCGUGUCCUCGAGCAGGCGCUCGGUGUGGAUGCAAACCUCGCGUACCUGCGCCCCAGCUACCGCAACACGCUGCGGGCUGUCGCCGAUGCGUACUACGCCAAGGACGGCGCGUGGGAGGCCAUGCUGCGCCACGCCGACGUCAAGGACACGUACGAUGCGUACGGAAAAGAGGCCGCACAGCUGCAGGGCAUGCUGCGCCUCGUCGACCAGCAUCUCGCCCAGGAAGGGCUUACCCGGGCGCAGGUCGAAGACGCGACCAAGCUCUCGGACCAGGCCUUUCACGACACGUUCCUCGCCGCAUUUCCGGUGCGUGCCGACCAAUUUUUCCUGCACAAGCGCGCGGCGCACGUCUAUUCCGAGGCGCAGCGUGUCAUUCAGUUUAGGGCAUUGUGCGACAGCGCCAACGCUGCGCCGGCCACGGAUGCCAACGGCGUCUACACGCAGCUCGGCGCGCUGAUGAACGCGAGCCACGAGAGUUUGCGGACCCUGUACGACUGCAGCUGCCCUGAGCUGAACGCGGUCGUCGACAUUGCGCGUGCGCACGGCUCGCUCGGCUCGCGCCUCACUGGCGCAGGCUGGGGCGGGUGCGCCGUGCACCUCGUACCCCGCACCAAGCUCGCAGCCGUCCUGUCAGCGCUCGAGAAAGAGUACUUCCGCGCCAAGUUCCCUGCACUGAGCGACGCACAGCUCGCGGACGCCUUGUUUGCGACCGAGCCGGCGCAGGGUGCAUGCGUAUGGACUGCGUAG